CAAUUAACAAAGUAGCAAAGAACAUGUGCCACAUCAGUCACUCGGAAUAAUCCUUAAAAGCAUCGACUUCACAUAAAAGCCCCAGAAAAACCAGGUUCAGUACUUGCCUCUGUACAAUGGGUCUCUCUGAAUCUCAACUUUCAUUCCUAGUUCAUCGUCAUUCAGACGUUCUGACAUCCAAAACUACUCGAAUCCAUUUUCUUUCUCACUGGUGAAGAGCUGGCUGAUGUUGUUGCUCGUUCUGUUGUCAGCCUCGGAGAUAAUACUUAGUUUUACUAUCCAAGAGUUUAGUCUCAGAUGAAGCACAAUCUGGCAAUUCUUUUCCAAUACAGGGUUGGUUAUGUUAAUGGGUGUGUUAAAUUGAAUUUUAUGGUGGCUUAUAAAAAUUAUAUAGGGAAUGAAAACGAUGGAGCUGAUAAAUGAAGACUCCGUGUUACAAAAGAAUUUGAUAGCUUAAAAAGGAAACCCUAAUUCCAUCUGUCAUCUGUGCAAUCAAUAACCAAAAUUGUCACAGUCCGUAAUAACUGGUUAGCAUUUCAGUGCAGGCUACAGAGAGUGAGUUCCUGACAGUAAACAUGGUAGGUAUCAGUAGUUGGAAGAUGGAGCUAGAGUAGUAAAAUGGCUACCAUCUUUACGAGAACGGACUCUUCAAGGGCUCAAAUGGUCUGUAUAUUUAUGACACUCUGAAUUGAUUUCCUAACAGUGAAGGGGUUAUAUAUACAGUUUCAUAAUUUACUCAAGCUAGUAUGUCUGUAAGAUGUUUCUUUUGACAGAUACUGUAAUAAGUUGACAGGUUACGAAAGACUCUUCAAAAACAUAUUCCUGAUAUGGAAAAGGUGUUGCUCCUGGUACUGCCGCCUGAUCCCCAUAAGAGCGCUAUUUUGUGCCUCAGUGAUGCAGAGAUACAAACAUAAUUGAAAAGACUCGGCGCUCAAUACAUACAAGUAAGCAGUCAUUUGUUAGUUUGUUUCAAUCGGUUCUUCUUGAAAAUGGUUGUUUGUCAUUUUAGCUUCAUUCACGUUCUAGUUAGUACAUUCUAUUGGCUGCGGCUAUUAUUUCUGCACAAGUGCACAGAAAAUAAAGGGGUGGAAUUGGAACCCGAGUCUUCGUUGGGCUCACGAGGCAUGAACCAAUAACUAAUUUUGGAUGUGUCCUGGCGGCAAUGUAGAUCAUUGUACGUGGCUUAGUAGAUAGGAAGCGAAGUGUAUUACGUUCAGCUUACUCUGAUACAGAACUUCUUUUAGCAAGAGAAGCCUUUCAUCUUGUAGUUGAUUAUUUGUUGAAUAACCUUGAAACUUGAUUUUGUCUGUGUAGAUUAACCUCAGUAAUAAUGUUACAGGUUUAAGGCUUUACAUUGCUUAAGUUUUAUCCUACCAUUCUUAAGCCAGAAAAGAGGUGAUGUGUUCAUACCAUCUGCUACUGCCUUGUUGUCUCCCUCUUUUGUAAUCUUUGUCAGCUCAUGUAGUCUGGAUAUUUUUUAUGAAUUGAACCAUAUUGAUUUAAUUGAUCUAAUCUAAUUUUUUACCAAACAAAACCAUCAUAAAACUGCCACUACUGUCGAUUCUUGGAUUUAAUUUUCCUCCAAUAUAAAUGUUUGGUUUUCUUCUCAGUCACGCUUUUCUUUAUCAAAGUCUAAAACUAAUGGUAUUAUAUUUGUUCAAUGGUUUACUUUUCUAUUUUCGUGUAAUAUGUGAACUAAUUUGGAUUGGGUGACGUUUAGAAAGGCUUUUUUUUUGUUUUGUUUUGUUUUGACAAGGCGUCUUAUCUUCCUGCAAAUAUGAGCUACAUCAUCUUUACCGUACAGAUAGGUGGCGCUGCCUUUAGUUCAUAACCGAUCAGCUCUCGAGAAUGGGAUCGAAAUGAGAUCAGAUCUGAUUCAUCAUGGAUCAGAACCAGCAAAUGCAGCAGAACCCGUGUCAUUUUUGAACGUGACACACACCUCUCUCUCUCUCGUGGUGCAACCCGAAAGGAGCAAUAAAGUAAUUGUGCUAAUCAAACUUUAGUAGGUUGAAUUGAAUGUCCAAAUUCUUGAUUAAGUAAAUAAAUUAAGUUGAAACAUCAAAGAAUUUUUUUUCUCUUCUCUUGCUAUAUAAUAACUCCAUACUAGAAAAAUCAUCACAUCCAUCCUUAUAAUCAGUUGCUCUGUUUUCCUUUGAUAGAAAUAUAUUUGUGUAUGUCACAUAUAAACCUCUGCCCAUCUAAGCUACUGUGAUCAUCUAAGCUAAGCUAAACAUGAAGUUUGGGAAAGAAUUCAAGUCUCAAAUGGUGCCAGAAUGGGAAGAAGCAUACAUGAAUUAUGAUUAUCUCAAAACCCUUCUGAAAGAUAUUCAUGAUUUUAAUCAUAAACAUAAACCGCAUCCUACUGCUCCAACCUUGAAAAGAACUAUGACAUUGUACAGAACUUUUAGUGGUCUUACUAGAAGAUACAGUAAUUCAACAAGUCCUACUACUAAAGUAUCUGGAGAAGCAGGUCAUGGUGAUAUUGAAGAUCAAGUCAUACUAGUUACUGCCGUUGAUCAUGAACAUAAUCAUCAUCCUCACCAGCUAGACAAAAAUCUUGAUCAUCGUUAUGAAACCAAGUUCUUGAUGUCAUCUGAAAAAGGAGCUGAAUAUGAACUUGUGUAUUUCAGAAGACUGGAUGAUGAAAUCAACAAAGUUAAUAAGUUUUACAAAAGCAAAGUUGAGGAAGUUAUGAAAGAAGCUGAUUUGCUGAACAAACAAAUGGAUGCUUUGAUUGCUUUCAGGAUUAAGAUUGAAAAUCCUGAUGGAACCAAUCAUCAUUUCGUCAAUUGGUCUGUUGAGAUGACUAAACUUGCUUCCGAUGUUGCUGCAGCUGUUUCGCAAACCUCGCCUCGAGUUACUUCUCCACAAACUAAUUCGCUUCUUUCUCCAACUGGUACUUCAAGAUCGAACAGCAGAUCGUCAAAUGUAUCUAGAGAAGCAAUGCCUCAUAUGGAUGCCAUUAAAGAGAUUGAGCAAAGCCUUGAAGAACAAUCCGAGGAAUCCGGAGAUGAUGUUGUUCUUAAUGGUACCCGAGUUAUUAGUUCAACUAGUACUACUGUGAGCGAAACGAAAGCAAAGAAGAUGGACGUCAGUAGACCAGCUUCACUAGACGUCCUUGAUCGUGUGACCAUUAGCAAUACUCUUGAAACACCACGGUCAACCAUAAAAGGAAUACUUAACGUUAACAAGAACAACGACAUUGUUUUUGGAAGAGAGAACUUGCAAAAAGUUGAGCUACAACUGCAACGAGCAUUCAUCGAGUUCUAUCAGAAACUUCGUCUCUUAAAGAGUUACAGUUUUCUGAACAUCUUGGCAUUUUCUAAGAUCAUGAAGAAGUAUGACAAGAUCACUUCAAGAAAUGCAUCAAAAUCUUACCUACACAUGGUGGAUAACUCCUACAUUGGCAGCUAUGAUGGGGUUACUAGGCUUAUGGAGAGAGUUGAAGCCACCUUCAUCAAGCACUUCACAAAUGCGAACCAUAGCAAAGGCAUAAGCAUUUUGAGACCAGCAGCAAAGAGAGAAAGGCAUAGGACUACAUUUUCCUUGGGUUUCUUUGCUGGAUGCGGGUUAGCCCUCUUGGCGUCUCUUAUAUUGAUUGUACGUGCUCGUAACAUAUUGGGGAUGGAUGGAAGUACGAUAUAUAUGGAAACCUUGUUUCCCCUUUAUAGCCUAUUUGGAUUCAUUGUCCUUCAUAUGCUCAUGUAUGCAAUUAAUGUCUAUGCUUGGAGACGUUAUCGGGUAAAUUAUCCAUUUAUAUUUGGGUUCAAACAAGGGACUGAAUUGGGCUACAGGGAAGUCUUCCUCAUAAGCUCAGCCCUAGCAACACUUGCGUUGGCAAGCGUACUCGCAAACUUAGAUAUGGAAAUGAACAAGCAUACCAAAGACUACAAGACCCUAACUGAGUUAGUCCCUCUUAUUUUAGUCAUUUUUGUAUUUCUCGUAACAGUUUGCCCUUUCAAUAUUGUAUAUCGUUCAAGCCGAUAUUUCUUGCUUGUGUGUUUCUUCCAUUGUAUAUGCGCUCCUUUCUACAAGGUUCUAUUACCCGAUUUUUUCUUGGCAGAUCAGUUAACUAGCCAGGUCCAAGCCAUUAGAAGUAUUGAAUAUUACAUCUGCUACUAUGGUGGGGGAGGUUUUAAAUCCAGGGAUAGCUCGUGCAAGAAGACCGGUGUUUUUAAAGUUUUCAAUUUCAUCAUAGCCUCAAUACCAUAUUCGUUCCGUUUAUUUCAGUGCCUGCGCCGUUUAUUUGAGGAGAAAGACCGAAUGCAAGGAUAUAAUGCGUUGAAAUAUUUCUCAACAAUUGUUGCUGUAGCCAUUAGAGCAGCUUAUAAGCUGAAUGACACAACCGCAUGGCUCGUACUGGCAUUGCUCAGUUCAAUAAUUUCCGCUGUUGUUAGCACUUGCUGGGAUAUUGUUAUAGAUUGGGGACUCUUUCAGAGUAACUCCAGGAAUCGCUUUCUGCGAGAUAAACUUCUUGUCCCACAACAAAAUGUAUACUUUGGAGCCAUUGUACUGAAUAUCUUGCUUAGAUUUGCCUGGUUGCAAAGUAUUUUUGAUUUUAAACUUCCUUUCCUACAUAUGGAAGCCAUGGUCACGAUCUUUGCUUGUCUAGAGAUCAUUCGUCGUGGAAUGUGGAAUUUCUUCAGGUUGGAGAAUGAGCAUUUGAACAAUGUGGGAAAGUAUCGGGCAUUUAAAUCAGUGCCACUACCUUUCAACUAUGAUGAAGAUGAUGAUGAUAAAGAUGAGUGAAGAGUUUUCGUCUAACAAUGGGCCAGUAGAUAUUGUUCGGUGAGGAAAUGACGUUGGUUUUUCAAUAUCAUCAGUUAAGCUAACCUUAGUCAGUAGUCAUUGUCUUAUCUUUUAUACGUAGUUAAUGGAUGUAGUUUUGAGUGUAAAGUAAAGUUCUUGUAAGAUUAGAGAGAGGCAGAUAGUAGCCACUGCUCCAGUCGUAGAGAAAAUUCAGUCACUCCUCCACAUCAUUCGUUCUGGGAGGAUGAUGCCACCUAUCGGAGAAGGGUUUGAUGGAAAGGAUUCGGGGAUAUGUAGCAGCUUCGGUAGUAAAACCACUCACAGCCUCCAAAUUAUUACUUAACCUGGCUUCCUCUUACACCUUUAUUCGCAUUAUUCUUCUUCUUAUAAAAAAAAAGACAUCCGCAGAAGGGGAUAGUGUCCGUCUGAAUCUUUGUGAUUAUAAGACCGACUGAUGUAUGUCAGAUGUAAGAAUAACAUCGUAUGCUAGGCGCCCCCACUCAUACCCCCACCAUUUGCCGCGUGAAAGAUUUGGUGGAAGAAUUUCGGGGUAUAAAGUAUUUUCGGUAUUUUCUUUACUUGUUUGUUUCUUGUCUGUCAGAUUGGUGCCCUUAUCUUAACUUUACUUCGUUUCAUUAUCAUCUUGGAUUGUAUAAAUAAAAUGCCUCGCCAAAUUGGGGCCUAUAACUACAUGAUAAAAUAGGGUCAUUGGGAGACAAUUCAUAGAAACUCCUUAUCCAAUAUUUAUAUUAAUAUCCAA